GUUGCUGCCUGCCAUCUAGUUUCGCCAGCGUAGCUGUCUUGACACAUAAACCACAAGGAUACAUCUCACAAUGGAAAGUAAUCGAGUCUACAGCGUCCAAGUCUUGCCCGGAGACUCUUCUUCUCGCUCCCCGGACUCUCCGGCCCAGAUUGAAAAGGCGUUUUGGGAGUUCUUGCACGGUUUCAGGGUUGGCGGGGAGUUUGUUUACCGUGAUCGACUGAGAAGCUUGUUGUUGCUCGGUAAACACACGCUGGAUGUGGACCUCAACGACCUGUUGUUGUUCAACGAGGAGCUGGGGCAAUUACUAAUGGAACGACCGGGCGAAUGUAUCCCUCUUCUCGAGUCCGCUCUCCUCCGCCUAUCACGUCAAAUUCUCCAUCCCCUCUCACGUUCAGCGAACCGCACAGCCAACACAACUAUCCCCCGGGACGGUGCCACGAACAACGGUAAUACCGAGGAAAACUCUGCUAACGCUUAUGGAGGCGCCUCAAAUGGUAAUCUCGGCGCGAAUGGAGUAGCCGGGGAUCUGGGAGAGAUGGAGAUUCCCGAUGUGCAGGUCACGAUCAGGAGUGGGCAGAACAUGUUGCAGUUCCGGGAACUGACCGCCAACACUCUGACGAAGCUCGUCCGACUGCCCGGGAUCGUCAUCAACGCCUCGCAACUCUCUUCCCGAGCGACGACCUUGUUCUUGCAAUGUAAAGGGUGUCGAAGCACGAGGAUGCUGAACCAACCAGGUGGUGGUGUUGGAACGGAUCGUAGUCUGCCCCGGCGAUGUGACGCCCUCGACCAGGAUGGGAAGAACUCGUGCCCGCUCGACCCGUAUGUGGUCGUACACGACAAGUGUCGCUUCGUAGACGCCCAAUCAAUCAAGCUGCAAGAAGCUCCCGACAUGGUACCCGUCGGAGAACUGCCUAGGCACAUGGUCUUGCACGCUGAGCGAUACUUGACGGGUCAGGUCGUACCGGGAUCUAGGGUCAUCGUUACAGGUAUUUAUUCGACGUACGCACCCGCAAAGAACAAGACCACCUCGGGUGCUCCUGCCCUCCGACAACCCUACGUCAGGAUCUUGGGUCUCGAGCUGGAUACUUCAUUGGCUGCUGGAGGCGGAGGGCUGAAGAACUUUACACCGGCCGAGGAGGAAGAGUUCUUGAGGCUGAGCAGGAGUGAUGAUCUGUACGAGAGGUUCGCUCGAAGCGUAGCGCCGAGUAUUUUCGGGAGUUUGGACAUCAAGAAGGCGAUCACGUGCCUGCUGUUCGGAGGGAGCAAGAAGAUCUUGCCAGACGGGAUGAGGUUGCGAGGGGAUAUCAACGUAUUGCUCCUCGGUGAUCCUGGUACUGCCAAAAGUCAGCUUUUGAAAUUCGUGGAAAAGGUCUCGCCAAUCUCGGUGUACACCUCCGGAAAGGGUUCGUCGGCGGCUGGUCUUACCGCUUCCGUGCAGCGAGACGUCAACACCAGAGAGUUCUAUUUGGAGGGAGGUGCGAUGGUGCUCGCCGACGGGGGUGUCGUCUGUAUCGACGAGUUCGACAAAAUGCGAGAUGAGGAUCGAGUGGCAAUCCAUGAGGCGAUGGAGCAGCAGACCAUUUCGAUCGCAAAGGCGGGAAUCACAACCAUUCUGAACUCGAGGACGAGUGUGCUGGCCGCGGCUAACCCCGUGUUCGGACGAUAUGAUGAUAUGAAAACUCCCGGAGAGAACAUCGAUUUCCAAACCACCAUUCUAUCCCGUUUUGAUAUGAUCUUUAUCGUCAAAGACGAGCAUAACGAGAUGCGAGAUAGGACCAUUGCCAAGCACGUCAUGAACAUUCAUAUGAACCGACAAAAUGAGGCAGAAGCGGUGGGAGAGAUUGAUAUCGACAAGAUGAAGCGAUAUGUUUCCUUCUGCAAGGCACGAUGUGCCCCUCGUCUAUCGCCCGAAGCUUCCGAGCUGCUUAGUAGCCACUUUGUCGGCUUGCGGAAACAGGUCCAACAGGUCGAACGCGACAACGACGAGCGAAGUUCGAUCCCAAUCACUGUUCGUCAGCUGGAGGCCAUUAUCCGGAUUUCGGAAUCGCUCGCCAAGAUCACCCUGUCCCCCGCCGUUUUGCCGCAUCACGUGGAAGAGUCCAUCCGACUAUUCAAGUUCAGCACUAUGGACGCCGUCUCGGCCGGGUCGGUCGACGGUCUAUCGCGAGGCGAGCUGAACGACGAGAUUGACAAGAUCGAAAAGGAGCUCAGGCGAAGAUUGCCCAUCGGAUGGACAACGAGUUACCAAAGCCUCGUCAGGGAGUUUGUCCAGCAGCAGGGUUACACUCAGCACGCCCUGGAGCGAUGUCUUUACGUACUGGAGAAGCGAGAUGUCAUCAGGUUCUCGGGACAGAAAAAGGUCGUCGUAAGGACAGGAGUUUAAUGAGUCGUGCCAAUUGUGAUCUCUGCCUGUUAUGGUUGUAUCUGCCCUUUUAUAUAAUGACAAGGUGAACUGGAA